UCCAUACUAUGGCCAAUAAGCAUACUACAUACUCAAUUUACGUCACAAAUAAUACGAUUAGUAUGCGUAUUCGAACACAGUUAAUGAGUCAGGCGUUAUUGCGUGCACAUUCGGCUAAGUAACAUGUUUGUUAACUUAAUUUGUCGAGAUCUAUAUCGAAAAUGAUGUGACUAAAAACUUGGACAACGCGCGGCUUGUUUUUUUAGAUAAUAGAUCAAUUGUAUUAACUGGAUAACUAUUCAUUUUUAAUUUGUUAUACUGACUAUUUCACAUUGAACAAUGGCAAUUGCACACGUUGCAACAGAAUACGUUUUCUCCGACUUUUUAUUGAAGGAUCCAACAGAGUCGAAGUACAAAGGGGUGCGUCUGGAGCUUGCGGUAGACAAAAUAGUCACUUUCAUCGCGGUUGGUCUCCCUUUGUUACUCAUCUCCCUCGCGUUUGCCCAAGAGGUGUCAGUAGGUACCCAGAUCAGCUGUUUUGCCCCUACCAACUUCUCAUGGCGACAGGCAGCCUAUGUUGACUCCUUCUGUUGGGCGGCGGUGCAGGAGCAGCAACUCGGCGUUGAUGGCGUCGAAGGUGCCCCCCUGUGGCUGCACAAGUUCUUCCCUUACAUCCUUCUGUUGGUGGCAAUCCUCAUGUACAUCCCUGCUCUGUUCUGGCGCUUCACUGCUGCCCCACACCUCUCCUCUGACCUCAACUUCAUCAUGGAGGAGCUGGACCGCUCCUAUAACCGAGCCAUCAGACUGGCCAAGAGCCUGGCCUCAUCUAUAGACACCAAAGAUGUCUCUGACGACCCCCCCAGUGCCCUGGACCUGACCGAAGGCUGCUUUAAAUACCCUCUGGUGGAGCAGUAUCUGAAGACUAAGCGUUUCUCCCGCUGGCUGGUGGUGAAGUACCUGGCGUGUCGGCUGUUAACCCUGCUCACCCUGCUGCUAGCCUGUCUCUACCUGGGCUACUACAUUCGCCUAGCCUCCAUCACCGAUGAGUUUGCCUGUGACGUGCGGACAGGGGUGCUGAGGAACAACAGUGCGGUGCCGGUGCAGUGUAAGCUGGUGGCGGUGGGGGUGUUCAGGCUGCUAAGCUACAUCAACCUGGGGGUGUACAUCCUGCUGGCUCCCCUGCUGGUGUACGCUGCCCUGGGCCCGGCCAGACAGAGCUCCCGCUUCCUCCGGCCCUACGAGAUGCUGCCGGCCUUCGGGGCUCUGGACCUGGACACACCCUUCUACAACGACCUCAGCGUGUACCUGCUCUUCCUGGAGGAGAACCUCAGUGAGCUGAAGUCCUAUAAGUGUCUGCAGGUGCUGGAGCUGCUGAGGGAAGGAGGCGGUGAGGCCUUUGACACUAUGUGUCUGCUGCAGACUCUGGGCCAGGUGAAGACAGAUGUGGUGGAUGGGAAAAGAUCCACUUCACACAAGGACAGCAAAGACUGCACCAAGCCUGGAGAGGAGGACACAAGCUCUUCUGAGCUGAGAGUUCACUCCACCCAUCUGACGGUGCCGGAGAGACUAUGGGGAUUAUUAACUGUCUCCCCAAACUCCCAGUGACCUCUACUACUAGGGGACAGGACAGGUCUUCUGCCUGCUCAGAUGUUUCUACAUUGUGGCUGGACGACGGGCUGAAGAAAGACAACAAGGACAAGACCUGCUCUGGUGGGAAAGAUGUACGUCAGAGAGUGAUCUGAAGUGUAAACUAGGGCCUUUAUCUUUUCAGUCAUUUAGCAGACGUUCUUCUCCAGAGUGACUUACAGAAGCAUUUAGAGUUAAGUGCCUUGCGCAAGGGCAUGUCAACAGAUAUUUCACAUAGUCGGCUUGGAGAUUGUAACCAGUGACCUUUCGGUUACUGGCCCUAACCACUAGGCUACAUGCUGAUCAAUAGCUUGUUUAUUUUUUAUUUUUUCAAGUGCUGUGUUGCUAUGUUACCGUACCUACCUUAGUACAAUAAAAUUGUACCUUUUGUUCUUAUCAGGAUCGAUCAAGCCCCUACUCAUUUAUUCUCUGGAAUUUAAACAAAAGUUGUUUAUAGAACUGUGGUCCACAGUUUCCCCAUAGAGAUGCUCUCUUUCUGUGUUUACUGUCAGAGAUACAAGGUGUUUGUCAGACUGCGUCAUUAUUGAAUAAAAAAGCUGUGAUUAGUUAUCUAAUUUAGCUAGCGACAUAAACAAAGCCUUGCCCUCAUUUUAACCAGCAUACUUCAGACUCUGUACUUAAGUGGUAACGUAUUUAUAUUGAACCUUUUAUUUUAGAAGGAAUAGCAGAUGAUUUUAUUCUUCGGGGAUCUGAGUAACUCAAUAUGUCUCAUUAGGAGAACCUGCUCUUUGCAUGACAAUAAUUUACCAGGUAAUUUACCAGGUAAUUCCUGGUGAAAGCUUAUGAUCCCUUAUUGAUGUCGCCUGUUAAAUCUAUUUCAAUCAGUGUAGAUGAAGGGGAGGAGAUGGGUUAAAGAAGGACUUUAAAGCCUUGAGACUUGGAUUAUGUAUCUGUACCAUUGAGGGUGAAUGGGCAAGACAAAAGAUUUAAGCUUUUUAAGAUUUUUAAAUGGGGUAUGGUAGGUGCCAGGCGCACCAGUUUGUGUGUCAAGAACUGCAACGCUGCUGGGUUUUUCACGCUCAACAAGAACAGUUCACCACCCAAAGGACAUCCAGCCAACUUGAAACACCUGUGGGAAGCAUUGGAAUCAGCAUGGGCCAGCAUCCCUGUUGGACACUUUCAACACCUUGUGUGUUCAAGCCCCAAUGAAUUCAGGCUGUUCUGAGGGCAAAGGGGGUGCAACUCAAUAUUAGGAAGGUGUUCCUAAUGUUUUGUACACUGUCUAAAUCCUUAUUUAGUUUAAUGAUUUUCAAUUUGAGUGUCAUUAAUUCUAUAUAGCCUACACUUUCUCCUUCUGAACUUCUAAUGUAAGUGGGACUAGUGUGGCUUGGUGACAAUGACUACACAAGCAGCCGCUCUGAUUUGACAGCUCUAAUGUAGUUCCACAUCCAACACCGCAAAAAGACUAGCUAUGUGGGUGUCAGCUAUCGCCAGUUAACACGUGAUCUGAUUGAAUCUAGGACUAAGUAUCUACGGCUGCAUUUAGAUAGCCAGCCCAAUUUGGAUCUUUUUCCCCACUAAUUGGUCUUUUGAGCAAUUGCAUCGUCUCAACAAAAAAAAAGAUGUGAUUAGUUUAAAGACCAGAAUUGGGCUACCUGUGUAAACUCAGCCAAUGUGCAUUGAAGUAUAAAGCAUGUUUGUGUGUAAAGUGCAUGUGGAAUGGAAGAGACUGUAGAGAAAGUCACUAUUGUUACUCUAAUGGUGCAGUAUUUAUGUUCAUAAUGUUAUUUAGCAAUACUUCAAAGCAAUCCUUCAAAAUGGGUAUGAGAUGUCGCUGUUAGUCUGUUUUUAUACAGUUUCGCAUUGAUUGAUGUUAGAUAUUAGUUGCUAUUUAUUUCAAUUGCAUGUUAAUGUACAUGGUCCUGUUGGUUGUUAUUUUUGUGUCUUAUAUACCACAGACAAAAUGAUGCACUGACUGUCCCAACUUUGUAAAGUAACAUCACCACGCACUUUUGAUUUCAUAGGUAAUGUACUGUAUGACAAAGGAUAUUCAAGUGUUUUAAACGUGUUUUUGUUCUUUUAAAUAAAAAUAGAGGCUUAUUGAAGCCUGAUUCA